GCUCGAGCAACCGCCACAUGUGCAUCCUCUCGGACGGCGGGGGAUCGGUGAGAUUCGUGCAGGUCCUUCCCCGCUGCUGCUGCGGCUGCCCGGGCGCCACCUUCUGCUCGCGCUCCCGCUACGCCUUCAACAUAACCACGUGGACGCUGAGGAUGGACGACAUGACGACGUGGGACAAGGUCGGCGUGGUCGACUCCGACGAGCUCUGGUCGCUCCCCGGCUAUGGCGGCGUCGUGCCGCGCAUCAGGCCGCAGUACCCCAUCGUCAGCCUGGACGACCCUGAUGUCCUCUGCUUCAUGGUGCACAAGUUCCCAUACCAUAUGGAGGACGUUGACGGCGACCAUACGAUACGGCUGAUCGAGGUGGACACCAAGCGCAUGGAGCUGCGGUCCGUCUUCUGUUAUGGCGACUUCUGCUCUUCCCCCGACUUCAUCCCCUGCAUGAUCUCCCAGUACUUCGCUCGCAGCCGUCCUCCGGCAAAGCGCCAUGAGCAAGUACCGACGGCGGUGGCGACAACAGCAGUUAAACUCAACUUGUCGGCCAUGGCUUCUCCUGGGGAGAUGUUGGCGACCCUUCGGGAGAUAGGUGACCUGACGCCUGAUGACAUGCUGAGAAUGUAUAGCAUUCUUUCGUGUGAUGGGAGCCAGCUCAAGUUCAGGUUACUUUUGGCACUUCCCAAAGACAUGAGGAAGGAUUACUGCCUCGUGCUUAUGGAAACCCGUCUUUAAUUAAUUUCAUUCAACAAAGAAUCCAAGGUUGCAAGUACCACUACUGGAAUUUUCGUAUAUGCCGAGUGUGGGCGUCUUCACCGAGAGUCAAAACACGGGCACUCGGCAAACUAAACGACGCCGAGAACAGCACUCGGCAAACCUGGCCUCACGGCAACUGCUUUCUUUGCCGUCACUGGCUCACGUCGAACAAGCACUGAACGGCAAACGGCACAGAUGCCGAGAGCCGCGCACGGCAAAGAGGAGCCACGUGGCAUGUCCGUUCGCACCAGAUGGCUCCCUCAGUUAGCACCAGACUACUCUCAGUAAACGAGCAGUUGCCGAGAGUGGCUCUCUGUAUAGAUAAGGCCACCAUCAAAGUUUAGUCCCACAUCGCCCCCCGAGCAAGUCCUGCACCUGCUUAAAUACCUUAAUCUAUUAGAUUGUUACAAGCGUGGGUCUUCCUUGCACUCUAUUUGGAGGAUAUGCAAGAUGAGUAUGAUUUAUCAUCUGUAUUCAUCGUGUAUAUUCUUCAAGUGGAGAGCAUGGAUGACUGAUGUAUUUUUUUGGAGCUAUACUCGGAUACC